AUGGCCUCCCAAGGGCGCGACAGGCUGAUUCUACGAGAAGAAAUCAUUAGCGACGACAAGGUGGCUUCUUCCAGACAUCCCAACACGGUCCUGCACAAUCAUAGAAUGCUCAGGAAGGAAGAGAAACUCGCUCUCAUCCAACAUGCCCGAGAAUACGCCUGGGUUCUGGUUCACCAACGAGGACAAACUACCGCAAACUCCAAGAAGCUUUUGAAGAAGUUCUACGCCGAAAUAUUCCUCCAUUGGUCAACUUCACAAAGGAGAAAUCCUAACCCAUCGUCCACUUAUCCCGAAGACUUGCAGACUCUUGUAGGGUCCAUAAAGAAGACUUGUUCCAAAGAAGCUGGCAACGCUAUCACGCAAAAGAAUGGCUGGAGUAUUGUUCCAGGUCGUAUUGAAUUCGAGCCAGGCCUCACUGUCAACCAAGCGAAGAUCAAUGCUAUUCACAACUACGACAACCAUGAGCGGCGGCGAAUCAGUUCCUACAACACUCAGCAUAUCAUCUGCGCUACGCGUAGUAUUCUAGUCAAGUGGGCAGCUCGUGGAAGUGAGGGUCCGCUCAAGCUCGAGUCAGAAGACAUGGUCAGCAGAAUCCAGCCACUUGUGCUUGCAUCGGACCUUGCCCGCUACAUGGCCUUCACGUACUCUCAGAUUGUUGAAGACAUGGAUGGAGGAAGCGAGGAUAGAACUGACGACCCUGACUCUGACUGA